CCUACGACUCCUUCCUCCCCACAACGCCUCUGUCUUCCUGGGUCUGCCGCUGUAUCACAGUAGUGGUACACUGUUUCGAGAGUCGAGAUGUCCAACAUCGCCAUCGUGUCGCCCGACAUUGCGUCGGUGUCACUUCACGUGCCGAAACCCCUCGUGCAACACUUCUACGUCCUACCAUUCCUCUUUCUCUACCCUCUUUACUUCUACACCUACAACCUCCGCUAUGACGACUGGGUUAAGUCUGAAGAGUGGACCUUCGUCUACUCGGUCCUGCUCUUCACCUCUCAUGCUUUGGCGUACCUGAUCACCAGGUGGAGCAUCGGCUUCAAGGCAUGGGCUACCACAAAGCCGGUCAAAUCCCUGCAGCAGGCAUCCCUCGUGCGGGUCAUCCCUCACCCCCACAAGGGAGAAGGCGAGAUGGUGCCCCUCAAAAUAUCGUCAUCAGAGGUCUCUUUCGUCUAUCAGGCGGACAAGUACAUUCUUGCUGUGCCCGAUUCCAAGGCACCAACCACCGCGGUCAACCGUUCUGCAGACAUCACCGAGCCAACCUUCCGUCGCUUACCCUACCCAGCAGACUCUGCGCCGCCACUGUCGCACUUCCAAGCUUCGCGAGGACUGGUCUCUGAAGAAGACGCCCUACAGACCCUCAACACCUACGGGGGCAAUGUCUUCGAGAUCCCCAAGCCAACGUUUGUGGCUCUGUUCAUCGAACAUGCUGUCGCGCCUUUCUUCGUCUUUCAGGUCUUCUGUGUCGGACUCUGGAUGCUGGACGAAUACUGGUACUACUCACUCUUCACUCUCUUCAUGUUGAUCAUGUUCGAGUGCACCGUCGUUUUCCAGAGGCUGCGAACGCUCAAUGAGUUCAGGACCAUGUCGAUUACGCCUUUCCAGAUCUACGUAUACCGAUCUAAGGAAUGGCUUCAGGUGCCCACCACGGAGCUGCUUCCUGGAGACGUUGUCUCCAUCACUCGAACCAAGGAAGAUCUGGCGACCCCUUGCGACUUGCUGCUGUUGGGCGGAACUGCCAUCGUGAACGAAGCAAUGCUCAGUGGCGAGUCUACGCCUCUGCUCAAGGAGAGCAUUGAGCUCAGGGAGGGGUCCGACAAGCUUGACGUCAAUGGUACAGAUCGCAACUCGGUAGUCUUCGGUGGUACCAAGGUUCUGCAGACCACAUCAGCAGGAGCGGCAGAGUACAGCAGCGUAUACACUCAGGAGGGAAUGGUUCCACCCGAUGGAGGAGCAAUUGGCCUGGUGCUGCGAACCGGAUUCGGCACUAGUCAGGGUCAGCUCAUUCGUCUCAUGGUCUUUACCAAUGAAGGUCGAGUUACCGCUGGUAACAUUGAGGCCUUCCUUUUCAUCGGUUUCCUCCUCAUCUUCGCUAUCGCUGCUAGUUGGUACGUCUGGACAAGAGGUCUCGAGAUGGGCAGGCCCAAAGGCAAGCUCCUCCUGGACUGUGUCCUGAUCAUCACCUCUGUCGUUCCGCCUGAGCUGCCAAUGGAGCUCUCUAUGGCUGUCAACUCGUCUCUCAUGGCUUUGAGCAAGAAGGCCAUCUUCUGCACUGAGCCCUUCAGGAUUCCAUACGCCGGCAAGGUUGACGUUUGCUGCUUCGACAAGACCGGUACGAUCACCGAUGAGGAUCUCGAGGUACAAGGAGUGGCUGCCAUUGGCGCUAAGCUUCCACGGGACCUGAUUGAUCUGCAGCAGCUGCCCCGAGAGACUACUAUCACUCUUGGCGCUGCUCACGCUCUGGUUCUGCUUGAAGACGGUAUGGUUGGUGACCCGAUGGAGAAGACGACUCUGGAGGCCAUGGGAUGGCAGCUCGCACAGGGAGACGUCCUGAGUCCUAAGGACGUGCGCCAGUCUGCUCACCGUAUCGAGAUCAAUGUUCGUCGCCGCUUCCAGUUCUCCUCUGCGCUCAAGAGGAUGUCGACGCUCAGCUACGUCUCUGACUUGGGAGGUGCAAAUCGCAAGCUUUUCGCUGCCGUAAAGGGAGCACCGGAAACUCUCAAGGGCAUGUACAGCAAGAUCCCCGACGGGUAUGACGAGACGUACAAGGGCUUCACGCGACGUGGAUCUCGAGUGCUUGCUCUAGGAUACAAGUACGUCGACAAAGUCUCACCCGAUGGAGUAAAGGAUCUGACGAGAGAUCAAGUUGAGAGUGAACUGGUCUUCGGAGGGUUCCUGAUCUUCCACUGUCCUCUCAAGUCCGACGCUAAGGGAGCUCUGCAACAGCUUCACGACUCCUCUCACCGCUGCAUUAUGAUUACCGGUGACAAUCCUCUGACCGCCGUGCACGUCGCAGAGGAAGUCGAAAUCGUCGAUAGGGAAACCUUGAUUCUUGACGCUAGGGAGGGCGCAUCGAAGCCCAGCGAGCUGGCUUGGAAGACGACUGACGAGAGCAAGAUCAUCAACCUUGACGCUUCGGAGGCUCUCGAUGAGUCAUUGUUCGACACCUACGACAUUUGCAUGACCGGCGCAGCAAUGGCCCAAUUCUCGAGCCAAAUUGAGAAGUGGGAGAAGCUCGUACAGAACACCUGGGUGUAUGCUCGUGUCAGCCCUUCGCAGAAGGAGCUCAUUCUUAAUACGCUGAAGCGACUGGGCUACGUAACUCUGAUGGCUGGUGACGGGACCAAUGAUGUGGGGGCUCUCAAAGCUGCGCACGUCGGAGUGGCCCUGCUGGAUGGUACGCCGGAAGACUUGCUAAAGAUUGCAGAGCACCAGAGGAACGAGCGGAUGAAGAAGGUCUACAUGAGUCAACUCAGUCUUUCGCAGCGCUUCAACGCCCCGCCGCCUGUUGUUCCUCCUACACUCAAGGACAAGUUCCCUGAACUGGAAGCAGCAAGGGAAGAGGCAGUCAAGAAGAUCAAGCAGGCCAAGCUUGCCAACCCCAACCAGGCUCCCCCCAAAUUCGACCUCGCCAGCCUUCAGGCCAAGAUGCAGGACAUGGACACCGAGGACGGGCCACCUCAGAUCAAGCUAGGAGACGCCUCAGUGGCUGCUCCUUUCACUUCAAAGCUUCGCAACGUCAACUCCAUUGUUCAAAUCAUUCGUCAAGGCAGAGCUUCCCUUGUUGCCACUGUGCAAAUGUACAAGAUCCUCGGACUCAACUGCUUGAUUCAGGCAUACUCCCUCAGUGUCAUGUAUCUCGACGGUAUCAAGUUCGGUGAUUACCAGGUGACCAUCACUGGUAUGCUGCUAAGUGUCGCGUUCCUCUUCAUCUCCAAGGCCGAGCCCAAAGAGAAGCUCUCGAGGGAGAGGCCCCUGACGACAAUCUUCUCCUGGUACAUCUUCUCCUCCGUCAUGCUGCAAUUUGCUCUUCAUCUUGUCUCGAUGCACUACGUUUCGAGGACUCUGGUACCUCUGUACGAGGUGCCAGCUGAGGAGAUUGACGUCGAGGCCAAGUUCACGCCCUCGCUGCUGAAUUCGGCCGUGUUCCUGAUCAACCUGUCUCAACAGGUCAACACCGUCGCGGUCAACUUCAUCGGUGAGCCAUUCCGUGAAAAGAUCACUGCCAACCGUGGUCUCUAUCUGGGUCUGCUCGGAUGUGGAUCGAUAGCAGUAGCAGGAGCUCUCGAGCUCUUCCCGGAGCUCAACGAGUGGCUGCAGCUGGUCAAGAUGCCCACUCCCUUCCAGAUCCGAUUGGUCGCCAUCAUGCUGGUCGACUACAUUGGCUGCUACGUCAUUGAGUGGAUCACCCAUGCCACUUUGGCCGACUUGCGGCCCAGUGCCUUUGUGACCAAGGGCAGGGACAGGAGGGAUCAGAGGCGCAAGAAUCUCAUUGAGAAUCUAGAGGCAGCUACGGAAAUUGCGCUCAAGAGGGGUGAGGUGGAGAAGGCGGCAUCUACCGUCGUCAAUGGCGCUUCGACGGCGAGUGGAGUUCAGGUGAAUGGAGGCAGGGCUCAGAAGAGGAAGUAAAAGCGGCAUCGCAUGUGGAUGAUCAGACGUAGGAGGUAUGGCCGAUGUAGAGGUCGUGAUCGUUAGAGCUCCCAAUGACAAUAUUCCGGAUCUUGCGCUAGUGAUGCU